UUUUCGCCGGCUCUACACACCGACACACUCCCUUCCCCUUAAACCCGGAGAAUAAACACGGAGCGGCGGCAGGAGCAGGACUAACCUCCCCCUCUCGGUGCGCACCAUCCAUGGUCCUCUCCUGGAAGCCUGUCUGACAGGAGGGUUGGCGUUACUUUGCUGAAGCGACAGAGGCAGGCCCUAAGUCAGAGGUGAAGAAAGCAAGACAGGAGUCCUCCCAGACAGCAGGGGGCAGCAGCAGCAGGCAUGCAGGACUCCACCUCAGACAGCAUGCUGGAGAUGGCCAAACAGGAACAGAACUCCAAGCAUCUGGACGAACACAGAGAAACAGACGAAAUGUCUGAGAAGACGUCGCCAAACAAGAACCUCAAAUCCCCCCAGAAAGGCUCCAAGCGACUGAAAACAGUCCCCUUCAAAAUGAGCCUGCUGGACACUACUGACUUUGAAGGAGAAAUCGAGAAACACUCAAGAGGACAGACCCUGAUGGACAUGGUGUGUGAGCACCUCAACCUUCUGGAGAAGGACUACUUCGGCCUGACCUUUGCUGACACAGACACGCAGAAGAACUGGUUGGACCCCUCCAAGGAGAUCAAGAAGCAGAUGCGCAACUCUCCGUGGAACUUUGCCUUCUCAGUCAAGUUCUACCCUCCAGACCCCUCCCAGCUCACUGAGGAUAUCACCAGAUACUACCUAUGUCUGCAGCUGAGGGAUGACAUGCUGUCAGGUCGACUGCCAUGCUCGUUCGUCACUCACGCCCUUCUGGGCUCCUACUCCGUUCAAGCCGAGCUGGGAGACUAUGACCAGGAGGACCACGGCUCUGACUAUGUCAGCGAUUUCCGCUUUGCCCCCAAUCAGACUCGCGAGCUGGAGGAGAGGGUGAUGGAGCUCCAUCGAAACUACAAGGGGAUGACUCCAGCAGAGGCUGAAAUUAACUUCUUGGAGAAUGCGAAGAAACUGUCCAUGUACGGUGUGGACCUCCACCAUGCUAAGGAUUCUGAAGGGAUUGACAUAAUGCUGGGGGUCUGUGCCAACGGUCUGCUGAUUUACAGAGAUAGGCUGAGAAUCAACCGCUUUGCCUGGCCAAAGAUCCUGAAGAUCUCUUAUAAGAGGAGCAACUUCUACAUCAAGAUACGACCUGGAGAGUACGAGCAGUUUGAAAGUACAAUCGGUUUUAAGCUUCCCCACCACAGAGCUGCCAAGAGGCUGUGGAAGGUCUGCAUUGAGCAUCACACUUUCUUCCGGCUGGUAUCUCCAGAGCCUCCACCUAAGGGCUUCUUGGUGAUGGGUUCAAAGUUCCGAUACAGCGGACGGACACAGGCUCAAAGCAGACAGGCCAGCGCGCUCAUCGACCGGCCUGCUCCACACUUUGAACGCUCCACCAGCAAGAGGUACCUGCUGUCCAGGAGCUUGGAUGGAGAGUUCUCGCGGCCAGUCUCAGCCAUGUGUGAGAACCACGAUGGCCUGUCCCACCGCAGCGCCGGCGAGCAGCGUCGCCUCCACAGCCCCUCCAUGGACGAGCAGGAGACCGAGCUGGAGCCCAGCAUGGAGCAGGACGAGGACGACAAGGACCCAGACCAGGGCACGGAGUCGGAGCAGGAAAAAGACUUUGAUGGCAACGUCAGUCCAAGCCGAAAGAAAGAGAUCAUGGAGGAAGCUGGGUCACCAGCUGACAGUAAACAGGAGUUCCUGGACAAGUCUCAGGACGUCUUGCUGAAGCACCAGGCCAGCAUCAAUGAGCUGAAGAGAGCCCUGAGGGAACCCAACAGCAAGCUGAUGACCCGUGAGCAGCGUCUGUCUGGAAGCUCCCCGACCAGCACACCAGAGAAGAAGGCUUUGGUGGGUCGAUCAGUUGGGCAGGACCCUGUCAACAGCCUGUCUGUUGAGGGUUUCGUCCAGAAGACUGUGGUGACUUCACCUGAGGGCUCUGAGGAGUGGGUAUUGAUUGAAAAACAAGAAACUUAUCAACCAGACCCUGACUGGAACGCAGAAGAAAAGAACAAAUCUCUCACAUUGGAUUCCUCGUGGGAGAAAAAGGAGCUGGAAAAAGAGAUAGAUGUUGCCAAGAUGAUACAUAAAGAGGUGACAGGGUAUGACAGAAAAGGAAUGAAAAGCCAUAUCGAUGAAACAAAGUUGUCGAGUGAGGCAGAUGUAUGCUCCGAAUCUUGGACGACCAACAAAGGUCGUUUCGUGAUUCAAUUAUCCGAGAAUGCAGACUCGUUUCAAGACAAAUCUCAAAGUAAACCAUCUCACGCCUCGGACCCUGAGGCAAACAGCGAUGUGGCCCCGGGCUCGUGCCAGAUAAAGGAACGCACAGCUUCUAAACAAAGGAAAAAGAGGAGACCCCAGAGCUUAAACCUGGGAAUGCCUGUGGAGCUCAUCUACGGGAAAGGAGGCAGUGAUUCUAGUGAAGAAGAAAAUGAAGGCUCCAACUCGGACAUUAGUCCCGACAAAAUGUUUCAAACAGGAAAUCAUUGUGAAUCAUCCCCGGUGAUGGUGAAGAAAGAUGAUCAGGGAUCAGGAAAGAAUCAGUCAGUCAGGGUCUUUAAAGACACCAAACUGGAGGAAAUCUUGAUAGAAGAAAGCAUAGAGGUCCCUACUGAAGACGAAGAGCAGGUAAAGAGAAAAAAAGUGAGUCAGGUUGGAGCAACGGAUAUUGAUGCAGGGUCAGUGAACGGACCCGGAAAGAUAGAACAUGAUAGUUCAUUAGCAGGUGUUAAAGGAGAAUGUGUGAUGAAGGUGCGAGGGAAGGGCCUUAUUGACAAUAAAGAGCUAGCAGAGGUAAAGCUGCGACAGGUCAGGACACACGAGAGGAAGAUCAGUAGUUCUGGGGCAGAGGAUAUUGAAGGGUUCCUUGGAGAGAAAGGUCAGAGGACAUCUCUCCACCGACUGUCAGGCAGCAGCUACCAGUCGGAAAUCACCAGGAUUGUUCCUCUUAAGCCAGAGCGGUCAAAGAGCAUAGCAUGUAAGGAUGAAAGGGACAGGACAGGACAGGAUGAACUAACCCGGGUCACCAGAAGAGAAUACCGCUGGUCGGUCGGCUCUCCGGAGGGAUCCACAGACCUCAACUGGACUGAUGUCUCCACCCACCAUUCAGCAUUUGCAGCAGAGCUGGAGGGUACUACUAAAACAGAUCAACAUGACGAUAGCUAUCAGUUCGGUAGAGGGCCUACCGAGAGUCAGUCGUUCGGCUCUAAGAUUUCAGCGCUUCCCAAAAUGGCUCCCCCAGCCCCGCCAGUGAAAACACAGAAGGCCAGGGAGUCCGGACUGAUACUGCGGAACAGUCGGAAUGCUGGCAGGGAGCCGGGCCUGGAUGCAGCCAAGAAGAGACACUCGGAGCCUGUCUCCACUCCUGCCAUUUAUGAAGAGCCGUUUGCUGAUUUCAAGAGGGAAUUAGGGGACAGGAGGCCCCAGCCGGGCAUAGUCCCAGAUGAAGAGCUGGAGCGUGACACUGUGGCCUGCAUGAGGGAAAGCCACCUGGGCAUCGAGCGGAAGUGCUCUAGCAUGACGGUCAGCUCCACCUCCAGCCUUGAGGCUGAGGUUGACUUCACCAUCAUCACAGAUCUCCACUCUGGCGUGGAGGACUUCUCUAAAGGCAUUUCGGAGCUGGGGGAGAGGGAGCGACAACCCGAGGUGGGCCGGGAGGACUUUGAGGAGACCUCCAGGUUCUACUCUGCCCGUCUGAUGGGCUCCCGUGACAAGUCUCCCAUAGAGGAGAAGCUUCCUGAGGCGGCAACACAUCAUGAGCCUCCUGUGGCGAAGAAAGACGCCAGUGCUGUGAAUGCAGCCCAUAUUCUGAAGAGGACCGACUCCAAGUCUGAGACACAAACUAAUGGAUCAGAGGUCCAUCCCAACACCGUCAAUGUCUCCUCACAGAACUUUGGAGCCGUCAGCCCACUGGAGGCUCCUGCUGCCCUUAAAGAAAAUGGCUCCCCUGUCAAAGCCAGCACCCAGGGGAGGGAGACCGUCGUGUCCCCGGUGACCAUCACCGCUGAGAACGUCACCUCGGCAACCACAACUCAAGUUACCAAGACUGUGAAAGGAGGCUACUCAGAGACCAGAAUCGAGAAAAGGAUUAUCAUCACAGGAGACGAUGACGUGGACCAACAUCAGGCCCUCGCCAUGGCGAUCCAGGAGGCCAAGCAGCAGCACCCCGACAUGCUGGUGACGAAAGCAGUGGUCAUCAGGGAAACCGAGUCGCCCACCGAGGAUAUGCAGCAGAGGGCAGAGUCCUGAUCGGUAAAGAUGGCCCCUGAGACGGGGAGACACAAGAGGGAUCCUCCAGCUGUGUGUGUCUCCUGCCCCACCUUGCAGUACGCCACCAAGAGGACUAUCUACUAAGAACAGACUGCGUUCCAUGAGGCAGUCAGCUUCACUCCUGUCCCUUUAGACAAACCAACUGUGACCUGGCCUCCUGGCCCCCCGUCCCCUCCCUCCACCUCCCUACAGCACAGGAAACGUCUUCUACUGGAUAGUUUACGACUCGGAGUGAUGGAGGACUGAAAGAGAAACACCAUUCACAGCUGUAACCAUUUGAUUUCACCUCUAUUUAGAGUCAUUUUAUGAAACUUUACUUGCAUAUUAUUUAAUCUAACACGUUUUUUGACUCAUGUGAACCCUCAGGAUCAUUUUUAAUAAUUUGACUUUUUACCCCCAAACUCCAUGGCCCCUUUUUCCUUCCCUUAAAAAAAAGGUCUUUCUAUUUUAAAGUCAAAUUUCUUCUCUGUGCUACUGUCGCAUAUGAAAUGUAUAUACGAGCAGAGAAUGAUUGGGUGAAAGUAUAGGGGGCAG